AAAGAGAGAGAUCAUGAUAAAGAGAAAGAGCGAGAUGGUGACAAACGGAAGGAGAGGUCACAUGAGAAGUCAAGAGAUCACCCCAGGGAGAGGAAUGGUGACUGUGACAGAGGUAGAGACAGGCAUCGGGACAGAGAGAGAGACCACCACGACCGUCACAGAAAUAGGGACAAGGACAGGAGGAGGAGCAGAAGCCGCAGCCAUGACAGGAAACACAGGCACCAUCAUGACAGAUAUGCUGAAGACAGAGGUCACAGAGACUUUGCUGACCUCCUCGAGAGAGAAAAACAUCGCAUCAAGAAGGAGAAGAAAACAGAUGGCAGUCGAGAUCACUACCACAGAAGUCGGUCUCGGUCCCGCGACAGAGACAGAAGGCAUCGGUAUUAAACAUUAGGCAGGUACAGUCUACAUAGGAGUCAAAGGGUAGAGACAAUAAGAUUUUUUUUGCUAUAAGGGACUCCAUAAAUAGCUCAUGUUGCAAAGUAGUAAUUGUUGAGCAGAAAUAAGGGAAGUUAUGUAUCAGAAAUUUAUUUUUGAGGUUUGCAAUUAUUAGCAUUUUUUUCUUUCUCUCUCUCUUUAUACACUCUUUAGACCAUUAAUGAUAUUGUAGCCAUCUUUUUUCUCUUUUUCAUUUUUAAAGAAAAUUGUACAUGUUUUUUGAACAUGUAUUAUUGUGUAUAUGUAUAUGUAUAUAUAUUUUCAUUUUUAUCCAGAAACCAGGUAGAGUUCUAGGAGAUAUUUUGAAUAGUCUGCAUUUCUAUAUGUACAAAUUAUUUUCAAACUAGUUUGUGGAAUAAUAGUGAUGUAAAUUAUGAAAAUUUUCAAUUGUAAAAAUGUAUUUCAGUUUCUUCCACAGUGAUGAGAAUCAUUAAUGUUUGUUGCCAUGAUUUUGAGACUGAAGCAGUGUAUUUCUGUUUAGAAGUAAAGUUUUACCAUUUUAUAAGUGUUAAAUUUGGGAUACAGUAUGAUAGUGAUCAUGAUGGCUGGGCUCAUGCACAUAGAUUUAGCAUGAACUCUCUCCUCUUGUAUAAUGAGUGUACUUCUCAUAUUUUUGUCACCAGCAUAUAUUAUUGGAGCAGUGGUUGUAACGAGGAAUGGUUGUGAAUUUUGGCCACUGGAAAAGUAUGAUCCUGAGUUGUAAUGCAGAUAAUGACCACUUUAGUUUUUUUAUUUUAUUUUAUUUUAUUAUUAUUUUUUUUUUAUUUAUUUAUUUUUUUUUUUAUGGUUAUUAAAGUGAGAGUCAGUAUUGCAAGUUGGAUUGAUUGAAAGAGAAAAAAUGGUCAUUGCUAAUUUGUGUAGAGCAUGAAGAGAUCAGUUUAUUGGAGUGACCCAUCCACACAUAUACUUAGAUUCCUUAUCAACAUAAAUUCCUCCAGCACCUCAAGGAGUAGCAUUGCACUUGACAGUUACUGUUAUAUAGUAGAGGACUACUGGUGUUUUUGACCAUCGUGUUCCAACAACACUGAUGUGCAUUGACUAGUUAUUUGUAUAUUGCUGUGUCAAGGCUUCAUGGUACACACUUUGAUAUCAAAGUGUAUUUGCUAGCUCAGGUGAUAGAUGAUCAGUAGAUCACAAGGUAGUUAUAAGGUGAUUCAUACCCCAAGAGACCAAGGGAGAAUAUCCAUCCUGAUUUAUUUCUGUGAAGUAGAUCUUGUAUUCUUGUAAUAAUGCCUGUAGUUGUAGUUUGAUUGAAGAGUUCUUUAAAGUGUUCCGUAAAGGGCUGCAAGAAAAUACAUUUUUAUCACUAAAAGAAAAUGAGUGAUGUGAACUCACACAACUAGACCAGAUAAGAAGACAAUAUACAUAUAUAUUUUUUUUCUAUGAUAGGGGGUUAUCGACUCCAAAUCUGGAGCAUUUGUGAGCCCCCAGCCUUCAUAUAGACAUUUCUCUUGUUCUCAUAUGCCAGCCAGUCCCAAGUCAGUUUACAUGCUGUGUUACUCAGCCUCAAGUUUGUAAGAUGUAUUUCUGGGGAGGUUUUGCCUUAAAACAUGACUAAGGUUAAUGUCUUAGACUAAGCUCAAUCAACAAAUGUAAUUCUUGUCACAUUUAUAUGAUAAGAUACUAUUUUAAAUUGAAACCCCAUCAUGUACAAAAAUAAUGCCUAGUGAAAUUGUUUCUGAUUUUGGAUACAGUUGCUAAAAAUGUCUUGGACUAUUUUUUUUGUGUAGAAUUUUUUUAUCGGUAGUUAUGCUAUGUGAUCCUACUUGGACUGAAAUAUUUUUAUCAGAAUAUUUGUUUGUUUAUGGCCAUGCCUUUAUGUUCAACAGAAGCAAGUUAACUUUUAAUUUGAUGUGACAGCAUUGUUUGUCAGUUAUCUUAGUAAUAUUUAUAUUAAAUUAUGAAAUAAAGUAUUCAGUUUUUC